CAUACUGCUGCUAUGGUAACCUAUUGUGUCACCAAAUUGAUAACAACGUGUUCACCAAUGAUUAAGCAGUGUUUUUAUACCAUGAAUGUAGCAUCAAAAGAUAAAGAGUGGUUAUAAUGACCCAUCAGAAUCUAAGUUCUAAGUUCAGCGUUUUCCUUACCGUUUCCUUUCUUUAAUACAUCGUGUGGAGCUUUUGAUCAUUCGCACAUUCGUUCAAAAUUUUGGAUCUCAGUACUCAACACUCGAAGCUCUUAAAUUAAGAAUUUGUAUUAGCUUUAGAUAAAGAAGUCGACACAGAGGUCUUAACGUGUUUGUCUGUAGCCUUUGUUUGAAGAGCGUUGGAAGAGCAUUUGAAGAGGGAAUGCAACGUCACAACUGUAACUCAACGUCUCUCAACGCGCAACCUACUGAAGUCUCGUGUUAAUGUCUGAUGAGACAUGAAAACGAGACAGACUGUAAACACACACAGCAAGGAUAAACAUUUCCCGCUCUUGCCCAGAUUAGUAUGCCACUUCGCUCUGCUGCACCUGCAGUGAUAGAGAAAAACGAAUCCUGGUUUCAACGAUUUUUCCAAUUCUGAAGUAGUAGGUUGACCUCAUUCGAGGCAGAAACAUGAUAUGAAACAUGGGAUUCAGUUGUUUGAUCUUAUACCAUGUUGCUUCUGAGCUAUCUAAAUUACGAAAAAAAAAGCUUUGUGUACCUUUAACAGCUGGGAAGCCAUUUCAACGCUUUUUCUUAAUUUUAAACGCGAUUAAAUAUUCAUGAUAAAUCGUCAAAUCGGAAACACCCAAAUUUCAGUUCGAAUAAAGCGAGUGCAGGCAGUCAAUCCGUAAUGAAUAUACAACUGCAAGAUUUUACAGGCUUCUUGUUUUAAGAAUACUUCAAAGCCAACAGCAACGUCAACAAGAUUUAAAGGUUUAAUAAUUUAAAGGCGCAGGUCUGUUCAAAGCCUGGAGGAAAUGACGACUGAUGUUCAAAUCAACCCGGAGGAGAAAGAAGGUGAAAGUUCAGAGACAAGUGAUGUAAAGGAUAUCGGACUGCUGAGUGAAUUUGCUUCAUAUACCACUCUACACGGCCUUCACUUUGUAGCAGGUCCAUUCAUGUUAAUCCGGCGGAUAUUGUGGGCUAUUUUGGUGGUUGUAGGGGCUGGCUUGUUAAUUUCGCUAUGCAUUGAAAGGUACGGCAAGCUCGCUGCAAAAGAUACUGUAACCACGAGGGAGCAUCAAAGCGAUAAACUGAUCCCGUUUCCGGCCGUAACAGUUUGCAACCUUAACAUGCUUCGCAAAGAUAAAAUCAUUGGAACAGAGGCGCAGAUAUUCAUGGACAGCUUGGCGAAAGUGCACUCAAAAGAGAAGUUGAUAAACGAUAGCAAUGAGACAUUUACUUUGGAUCUCGACAAGGUAGUGAGGGAGGCGGGCCAUAACAUAUCAGAGAUGCUUUUGGAUUGUACUUUUCAGCAGAAACCUUGUUCCUCAAAUGAAUUUUUCAGCGCAGUGUUUCCAAAGGUAAAGUUAAUUGGGUAUUUUUUUUUUUUUUUUUCAAACCGUGGCCUGUGCUAUACGUUCAGUUCUGGGAAGCCAGGAUAUCCAUCACGUCUUAUAAAUGCGGCUGGUAGAGCGAAUGCGUUGAUUCUCUCCCUAAUGGCGCAACCAAAUCAGUAUUACGGGCCGUACAGCACAGACAGUACCGGGUUUCGUGUGUUGAUUCACGAUCAAAACGAAUGGCCAGAUGUUGAAAACCACGGGAUGGACAUCUCGCCUGGGAUUUUGGCUGCAAUUCCCAUCAAACGACACAAGAUUAUUCGUCUGCCAACUCCAUACAAGUCAAGAUGUGGAGAAAAGCAGCUCAGGUAUUUCCAGAAUUACUCCCACAGUGCCUGCUUCUUUGAGUGCCUGACAAGAACUGUGGUCGAUAAAUGUCAUUGCCGGUUAUUAGGGACGGAUCUGUUAGAUGAACUGAACGCUACCAGGUAUUGUGGACCAAAAGAAUUUGUCUCUUGUGCGGGAGAUAUUGAAAGUAAUUUGCUCUUGGAUAGUACCAGUUGUGAAUGUCCCCUGGAAUGUGAAAAAGUCUCAUAUGAUGUACAGGUGUUCAGUUCUACUUUUCCAUCCAAAACCUAUAAUACAACCGCGGCAUUCAAAAAGUUUAUGCUUUCUACAGGUCAAGGCUCGGAAGGGGACGGAGGCAAUUUUCAAGAUACAAUUAGACAAAAUGUUGCAAAAGUUCAGAUAUUUUACGGAACAACUGCCAUGCAGAUUACCAUAGAACAGCCAGCUUACAGCAUCAACGAUUUUGGGGCGGAUAUUGGCGGAAGCAUGGGGCUUUUCCUAGGAUGUAGCUUGCUGACAUUGUGCGAGUUCGUGGAUUUGUUUCUGAUGUUCUGCCUAACAAGAAUUUCCUUUCGUCGACGACCAGUAGUUCAUGCCUCUCAGUAAUCAAAGAAAGCCUUUUUCCUCGUCAAAUUUCCAAAACUUUAUUAUUUAUAUAAGCUAUAAUUUGAAGUCCUUUAUUUGAAGUGCCUAGAUAUCAAGCAACAGCUGUAGGCUCCUACAAUAUGCCCAAAGAUUUUGGAAUUCUUAUUUUGGUUGUAAAAGAUAGAUUGCUUUGGUACAUUUUAAGGCGACAAACAAAACUCAAUUUGAAUACAGUUUUUAAUUAUACGUACCAAUUUAGGUUAGUUACCUGGGCCUCAGUUAAUAACUAACAGAACUCCUAGAAGGCUUUCAAGAGGCACUUCAAUAAUAUUAAAAUUCUAACACGGUACCGCGACUUACGGCGCUGAUUAUCAAUUAGAUUAUGAGCGCGAAACUUUUUAUCGCGUGAUAUUUGACGAGGGCGUAAUCCAAGUCAACUAUCACGCAUAGAAAUCGAGAGCGAAUAGUCUAA